AUGCCUACUAGAGCAAAUACCAGGUUGUCAACUAUAUUAACUGGAACAAGACGUCAUUUAUCAACCGGUUUCAACUACACCAUCGACCAACUAAACUUCCAUGACCCCAAAUCUUUGAACAAAUUUAACGACUUAGUCUCCAACAACCCAUCCAACAACAACAAUGACCAACCAUCAGACAAUGAAAUCCAAGUGGAAAAUAUCGGCCUCACCAAUCCUGUUCUGACAAAAGACCAACUCCAAUCCUUUUAUCACCAACUCAAAACCGACCCUGUGUCAGGAUUGUCAUCAGAGGACUUCUCUGAUAAAGACCUUUUACACAACCGGACAAGGCAUUUUGGCAAAAAUGUUCUCCCUUUCACCCCGCCAAAGCCCUUAUACAAACUCAUUUACGAAGCAAUGCAAGACAAAGUGUUGAUCGUGCUUAGUGUUGCCGCCAUCGUGUCUUUGGCGCUUGGCCUUUAUGAAACUUUUGGCCAGGACGACGAAUUCGAUGACGAAGGCAAGAAAAAACCAAAAGUCGAAUGGGUUGAAGGGGUGGCCAUCAUUGUCGCAAUUUUUAUUGUUGUUAUUGUUGGUUCGGUCAACGACUAUCAAAAGGAACGUCAAUUUGCUAAAUUAAACGCUAAAAAAGAGGACAAGAAAGUGGUGGCCAUACGAGAUCACAAGGAAACCGUGGUUUCGGUCUACGACUUGGUGGUUGGCGAUGUUAUCAGAGUGGAAACCGGUGAUAUUGUGCCCACCGACGGGAUCAUGAUAUCUGGUGAAUGCGAGUGUGAUGAGUCCGCCCUCACUGGGGAAACCAAUACCAUUAAGAAAUACCCAAUCGCCUCGGCCCUCGAGCUAUACCAAGAAUCCAACCCAAAGAAUGUCUCCUCCAUCGAUUUAGCCACCAAUUCCUCUCUUCAAGACCCGUUCUUCAUUUCUGGCUCCAAAGUGUUGUCCGGGGUUGGCCACUGCCUCGUUACUGCGGUAGGUCCAAACUCCAUCCAUGGGAGAACCAUGGCGUCACUUAAAACUGAACCAGAAGUCACCCCACUUCAAGCCCGUCUUGAUGGCCUUGCUAACGGGAUUUCCAAGUACGGUUUGAUUGCUGCAGUCAUUCUCUUUAUCGUGCUUUUCAUUCGGUUCUGUGCCUUGCUUCCUUCGCCACAUAAGUACUCCCAUCUUCCUGGGGCCCAAAAGGGUGAGAAAUUCUUGGAUAUUUUGAUUGUCUCGAUCACCAUUGUCGUGGUGGCGGUUCCUGAAGGGUUGCCAUUGGCGGUCACUUUGGCAUUGGCGUUUGCCACCACCAGAAUGGCUAAAGAUAUGAAUUUGGUUAGAGUGUUGAAAAGUUGUGAAACUAUGGGUGGCGCUACCGCAAUCUGCAGUGAUAAAACCGGGACUUUAACUGAAAACAGAAUGAGAGUUAUCAGAGGGUUUUUCGGCUUUAAAAAUGAUGAUGGUUCAUCCAAUAAUGCUUUAGAAUUUAACAAUACUGGGUUGAACGAUAAUCACGAACAAGAUGAUUCAUUGGUGGUCAUGGAUGACAUCAACGGAAAAGUUGGUAAUGAGUCGGUUCACAACUUCAUGGUUAACAGUGUUUUGAACUCUACCGCUUUUAUUAAUGAGGAAACAGAAGAUCCGGAAACCGAAGCAUUGAGAGAAAAUGAGUGCUCCAAAAGCUUUUUUGGCAAGAAAAAGCCUACUAUUCCAAAAAGGGCUCCUGAGCCAUACGUUGGAUCAAAAACCGAAGUUGCCCUUUUAAUUCUUUGCAGCCAACUUUUUGGUAUGGGUACUGCUGAAGAAUCUGGUAAUGUCGCAGAAUUGAGAAAACAAACUGGUUUGCUCGGAGUUGAAAAAGUUGUCGGGUUUAUACCAUUUGAAAGUAGAAGAAAGUGGUCAGGGGUAGUUGUGAAAAACCAAUCUAAAUCUUCUACUGAAUCUGCCUACGCUAAGUACACCUCCCAAUCAAGAUACACUUUAUUUAUCAAAGGUGCUGCUGAAAUUCUUUCCAAGCAAUCCUCUCAUAUAUCUAACUCUCAAGGUGGAAAGACUGCACUUUCCUCAGAAACUAGGGAAUUUGUGGACCAAAAAAUUAAUACUUAUGCUAAGGGGGCAUUGAGAUCUAUUGUGCUUUGUCAUUUGGAAUUGGACGUCGAUGAAGAUUAUUUGAAAAAACUUGGAUUGUGGGGCACUAAGGGUGGUGAAGCGAUUGAUAACUUUUUUGAAAGUUUGAACUCUGCCAAUGCUCCUGAUUUGAAAAGCACUCCAGGCUUAGUCAUUGACAGCAUCGUGGGGAUCCAAGAUCCUUUGCGUGAAGGUGUUUCCGAAGCAGUGGUCGCCUGUCAAGAUGCUGGAGUUUGCGUUAGAAUGGUUACUGGUGAUAACUUGAUUACCGGUAAAUCGAUUGCCCUUGGUUGUGGUAUUAUUCGCCCUGCUGAAUUGGACAAUGCCGAUGUUUGUAUGGAAGGUCCAGUGUUUAGAAAACUUUCCCAGUCACAAAUGAGAAAGGUUAUUCCUGGUUUAAGGGUUUUGGCCAGAUCAUCUCCUGAAGAUAAGAGAAUUCUUGUGAGGGAAUUGAAAGCUAUGGGUGAAGUGGUGGCUGUCACAGGUGACGGUACUAACGAUGCUCCUGCAUUGAAGUUGGCUAACGUCGGGUUCUCUAUGGGUAUCAGUGGUACUGAUGUUGCCCGUGAAGCUUCUGAUAUCAUUUUGAUGACUGAUAACUUCAGUGCUAUUGUUCAAGCCAUUAAAUGGGGUAGAUGUGUUUCUGUUUCGAUCAAAAAAUUCAUUCAAUUCCAAUUGACUGUUAAUGUGACUGCUGUUGUGUUGACUUUUGUAUCCGCGGUUGCCAGUUCUGAUGGUAAGAGUGUUUUGACUGCAGUUCAAUUAUUAUGGGUUAAUUUGAUUAUGGAUACCUUGGCUGCUUUGGCAUUAGCAACUGAUAAACCUGAUAAAGAUAUUUUGAAAUCCAGACCAAAUGGGACCAAGACACCGUUAAUCAGUGUUGCGAUGUGGAAGAUGAUUAUGGGUCAAUCCAUGAUGCAAUUGGUGAUUACUUUUGUGUUGAAUUUUGCUGGCAAACAAAUCUUUUUUGGGGACCAAAAAAUAAAUGGUCAUCAGAAAACUCAAUUGUCAGCAAUGACCUUCAAUGCUUUUGUGUGGUUGCAAAUUUUCUGCAUGUUUGUGUCGCGUAAACUUGAUGAAGGUGAUGGCAUUACUACCGUGAGAGGACGCUUCACUAUGAGAAAUUUGAACUUCUUUGCUCACUUGUUCCGUAAUUGGUACUUUAUCUCAAUCAUGCUUAUAAUUAUGGGAUUCCAGAUUUUGAUUAUGUUUGUUGGUGGUGCUGCGUUUAGUGUUGCGCACCAAACUGGUGCAAUGUGGGGUACGGCGAUCAUUUGUGGGUUGUUGAGUUUCCCAUGUGGUAUAUUGAUUAGACUCAUACCUGAUGAAUGGGUACUCAAAUGUUUCCCAACCAAGGCAUUCCAAUGGUUGGUUUAUAUUGCGAGCUUUGGCUUUAUCAGAAAAUCAAAGUCUAGACCAGGAAAUGAAAGAGGAGUGGUUUCUGAAGAUGAGGCAGACACCGAACAUGAAGCGAUUAAUGAAUCAGUUGGUGCUAGCAUAGAUAAAGGCAAGGAUGGAAUCAGUGGUACCAGUAGUGGCCAUGAGGAUUCGACAACACUAGACGAAAAUAGUGGGUCAGAAAGAGCAAAUUGA